AUGCACAUAAGCAUCGCAAAUGCGUUGAUGCCCAAUGCUGUGGGAGGCCGACCAUCUUACGAUGGCGAUGCUUUCAGCCGAAAUUUGGGGGAAGUUGACUUCUUCUCGACAUCUACGGUAGAAAUGGAGACAUCUAUUUCCGACACGAAUAUCGCCGUGGGAGAUUAUCGUGAUCUCCUGGACAUUAUCGACAAUCUUCGAUUACAUGGAGUCAGUCGUUAUGUUGACCUGCCCGAGAUCAUCGUUUGUGGAGAUCAGUCGGCAGGAAAGAGCUCUGUCCUCGAGGCCAUCUCUGGCAUGCCUUUCCCCAUCAAAGACGGCCGCUGUACCCGGUUUGCUACGGAGCUAGUCCUUCGUCGAGGUCACAGCACUGAUGUUAAAGUUUCUAUCACACCAGGCAGGAACCGUUUCGGUGAGGAUAAGGAACGCCUCGAAAUAUGGCAACCAAAAGCAGGCCUAGUUAACGAGGGACUGGGCCACAUAACGAAGGAAGCGGAAUCUGCCAUGGCUGUCCCGAGUGGUACUGGGGAGUUUUACGAAGAUACACUCCGUAUAGAGCUCACUGGGCCGGAUCAGCCACAUCUAACAAUGGUGGAUCUCCCUGGACUCUUCAGAGGAGGGAACAAGGAACAAUCUGACACUGAUAUCAACAUUGUAUACGACAUGGUGGCGACGUAUAUGGCGCGACCGCGUAGCAUUAUACUUGCUGUCGUGUCGGCUAAGUACGAGUACGUUCUGCAAGAAGUCAUGAAGAUGGCCAAAACUGCCGAUCCAGAUGGCGUAAGAACCAUGGGCCUCAUUACAAAACCCGACACCUUGGAUGUCGGCUCCCCAUCUGAGAGUUACUUUGUUCGUCUGGCUAAAAACGUCGAGGAGGAGCUUCGUCUCGGCUGGCAUGUUCUGAAAAAUCGUGACUUCAAGGAGCGUGAUGUUACCUCCGCACAGCGCGACGAGAUAGAAAAAAUCUUCUUUUCUCAGGGAUUGUGGGACUCUGUUGACCCUUUGCACUGCGGGGUGGCGGCACUGCGGGUCAGAUUGAGCAUAGUCUUGAAAGAUCAAAUCCUUGCUCAACUUCCAAGUCUUGAACAGGACGUGCAAGAUGGGAUUCGUGAUUGCGCGGAAAGGCUCGAUUGUCUUGGUCCAGUGCGAGGAACACCUGAGCAGCAACGGAGCUACUUACUGCGAUUGAUGGCACGUACACCGAUCGAUUUUUCGGCAGUCGGAACGACCGGUCUACCUUCAGCAGAAGGCUUCGCGCGGUUUCAGCGCAUCGUUGAUUCCGAGAGUGACGAUGAAAGUGACCUGGGGUGCCGUGACGUACCUGAAAUCUCUCGGUCUGAUUUCAUCGACGAGGUUGCUGAUCGUCUUAUUUACGGCAAAGGUCGUGAGCUACCAGGCCUUUUCAAUCCCCUGAUCGUUAAUGAUCUUUUUGUUGAGCAAUGCACGCCCUGGAGAAAGAUUGUGUUGUCGCUUGCUGAGGACAUCCUCGAGGCAGUGGAAGUAACGACAGAGAUGAUCGUGGGGCAAACUACGGCAAGUGAAGUUUCCGACGGGGUUCUCAAAUACAUUCGUAAAGAGAUCAACGAGCUUGAGACGAAGAUGGUCGCGCAGAUUAAUACACUCCUCGAAUCAGCCGCACAGCACCUAAUCACGAACAACUCACAGCUUACCCGGAAUAUUCAACGGAGCCAGCAGAAACGCCACAAACGUAGGAUCAUGACAUCGAUCAAUAACAUGUUUGGACGGGACCGUUUUGAUGGCUCCGACAAAAAGAUUAGCAUCAAUCCCAUGCAGCUCUUGGAGGUGUUUCAAGAUGGCUUUGAGCCAAGCAUGGAGCGAUCAACAAAUGUCAUGAAGAUGGACGAAGAAGACCUGCAUCUUCUUGCAGGUGAGACCCCGGAGUCCUCUAUGGAGAGGGAACGUUUGAGAGUGAAACAAGAAAUCCUUGAGAAAGGCCUGAAGGACAUAAAGGGUUUUCAUAAGCGAAGGGCGGUUAUUGAUCCCGUACAGCAUGAUGACAAAGCGUGGGAAGACUCUGAGGAGAUCUCAGCUAUAGCACGAGGCAGGCUCGAACAGGCCUCGGACAUUUCCAGCAGCGUGAAGGCGGAUUCCGACGGAUUCAGCACCGAGGACCUCGACGAAAUCAGGGAGCAGACAGCCCGUGUCAAGCAGUUGCUAGGUGGCUUUACUAAAGAUACAUAA